CUCCCCCCUCCCUCGUCCCUUCACUUCUCCUUCUCCCCUUCCCCGAUCUCCGCCCCCUCGACUUGCCAAGGGUCGGCUCGGUGGGUCUCCAAGCUUUCCACGCCACCAUUCUUCCCAGUUCCCACCCGUGCCUCAGCAAUUCAGCAUCGCCGAUUCGCCGCGGCACCGACACCUCGCCGGCCAUGGGCGCGUCCUCCUCGACCGGCAACCCGUCCCCAGAGGCGCACGAGCAGCGGGAGCAGGAGACCCUCGCCUCCGCCGCCCUCUCCCUCCCGCUCCUCCGCGUUGCCUUCUCCCGCUCCGCCGCCGCCGCCAACGCCAACGCGCUGCCGGAUGCCCUCGCCCCGCCGCCCGCCUCCUACCGUCUGCCCGGAUCCCCGCCGCUGCCGCCGCACUUCCACGGCAUCCUCUCGGGGCUCGGUCCGACCAUCGCCUCCCAGUUCUUCGGCCACGGAGCUGCCGCGACGCCGGAGGGGGACGCCGGGUGGGUCCCUUUCCUCAGGGGGUUCAACCGCUGCUGCGCGCGCGUGCCGGCCUCCCGCUCGCUCGCGCUGCUCCUCCGCGUGUACGCCGCCGCCUGCGCCGGCGCGGGGGCACCGUGCGGCGUCCUGCUCCAGCCGGACGAGGGCGGUGACGAGGACGGGAAGGUCGUUGGGGAGCUCACGCCGGAGGAGAUCGCGGUGUUCCUCUGGAUGUGCUGGGUCAUGGCGUGGAGCGCUUCGGCCUCGAGGGUGGCCGGUGAUGGAGGGGAAAAGUCGGAGCCCGUCGCGGUGCUGCUCCCGGACGUGACGCACCUGGUGCUAUCGGCGCUCGUCUCGGCCGGCGCCGUCGCGGAUGACGCGGGCGUUUGGGGCUGGGACAUCUCCAGCGGUGGGAAGGGGCUGAAGGUCCAGGAGUUCACGUCGUGGGUGCUGUCCACGCCUGUCGGCCUUGGGAACUGCCUCUCGCGCUAUGUGCGGGACAGAUUCCGCGCGCUGGCUGCUGACUCUGUGGAGCAGGAGAGCUCUGUUUCAACUGUUAACACAACCUUUGAUACCUCUGAUGUUUAUCUGCUAACACGGGGAAGAGCAUGGGCAAUCGCUCUCAGCCUAAGAAACAAGUUGAGUGAAAAGCUGUUGUCAGCUUCUGUAAUUGGAAUGGACACAGAAGACCUUCUUUAUAGGUCAUCUGUUCAUGGGAAAGGACUGAGCCGGUUCUGGUCUUGUGUUGAGGGGUACAAAGGGCCAAUGCUGAUUCUACUUUCAGCAUUCUCAAAGAGUGCUGGUGAGAAUGUUGAUUCUGAUCGAAGAUGGGUGAUUGGUGUAUUGACCGAGGAAGGAUUUGAGAGCAAAGAUACCUUUUAUGGUAGCUCUGGAUUCCUUUGUGCUGCACAUCCAAUAUUCCGCAUGCUACCACCAUCUGGUAAGGAGAAGAACUUCAUGUACUGCCACCUACAUCCUCAGAUAAGAGCUUAUGAAGCAAAUCCAAAGCCUGUUGGAUUAGCAUUUGGUGGAACAAUUGGGAAUGAGAGGAUCUUUCUUGAUGAAGACUUCUCAAGAGUUUUGGUUCGACACCAUGCUGUUGAUAAAACUUAUCAACAUGGUUCUCUCAUCCCCAAUCAGGGUUAUUUACCUGUUGAGGCUUCAGUACUUGAUGUUGAAGUAUGGGGGCUGGGUGGGGAAACAAUAAAAAGACAGCAGAAUUUGUACAAGAAGAGGGAGGACAUUUUCUCAGAGCAGCGAAGAAAGGUUGAUCUCAAAACUUUUGCUAGCUGGGAAGAUUCUCCAGAGAAAAUGAUGAUGGACAUGAUGUCUGACCCAAACACGGUUCGACGAGAAGAUCGGUGAUUUUGGUUUAUACCCUCCGGAGAUGUACAGACUACAGAGUUUGUUGCACAUAUUUGCCUGCCCGUUUGGCUGGGUCACACAAUUCUCACGCUAUUUAGGUUGAAGUACUAAAAAAGAGACUUGUACAGAACAUAUUUCCAAUAAUAAAUUGAGAUUUUCUUCCUUUCUGCUA